ACGUGCAAACGUACACACAAACAGCCGACAAAAAUCACCGCGAAUUUUGACAGGUAACCUUGCGAAUAGUGCGAGCGUUCAAAAAAAUGAACGAAAUGUCUUGAUCGUUUUGUUGAAAAAAAAAAACAAAUAAUUCCGUUCCAUCAUGCGUUUUAUAUCGUGAAAUUUCCAGUAGUGUGUGUCGUGAGAGCGGUGAAAGCCGUCAAAAUUUAUUCGACAAGCGACCGAGCUUGGAUCACAUUUUAUGUGAUAACGGGCCUGUGCGGGCUCGUCGCCGAAACUUUCUUCGAUUUCGGUUUGAACUGGUUGGCGGGGAUGAAGCGGGCGUGCGCAUUCGACGAACCGCCAGUUAUCAGCGUGAAGGCCAAGAUGGCGGACGUUGCGGAGGACCUGAUCAUGGAAACCAACAAUGCCGACGACAUUAUUCCAAAGGACAAUCAAGAACUUGCAGAACUCAAGAAAGAGAAUGGCAAUCAACUGUUCAAAAUUAAGCAAUACAGAUCGGCACUUACUCUGUACACUGAAGCCAUCAAUUUGUCGCCUGAGACUGCAGCCUUCUACGGCAACAGGGCGGCAUGCUACAUUAUGCUGCAUCAUUACGAAGACGCACUCGAAGAUGCCCGUAAAAGCGUUAAACUAGAUCCCAAAUUCGUCAAGGGAUACAUCAGGAUACUAAAGUGUGGAAUUGCUCUGGGUGACUUGCGCACCGCCGAACAGGCCAUCAAGUUCUACCAGGAACAAGAACCGGCCGGCAACGCCAUCAACAGUGAGCUUCAGUCCUUCGCCAAGUUGAAGCAGUUCGAAGGCGAGGCCACCAAGGCGUAUGAGAAAAAAGACUUUAGAAAGGUUGUUUAUUGCAUGGACAGAUGCUUGGAUGAAGCCCCCACUUGCCAGAGAUACAAGACAACCAAAGCCGAAUGCCUCGCUUAUCUAGGCCGCUUCGGCGAAGCCCAAGAAAUCGCCAACGGAAUCCUGCACUAUGACAAAGGUAACGCAGAAGCCAUCUACAUCAGAGGCAUGUGCCUGUUCUACGAGGACAACAUAGACAGCGCCUGCAACCACUUCCAGCAGGUGCUCCGCCUCGCCCCCGAUCACCCUAAAGCCUUGUCCAGCUACAAGUCGGCCAAACUCCUCAAAAAGAAGAAGGAGGAGGGCAACGAGGCUUACAAGAACAACCGCAUCCAGGAAGCCAUCAAUUUGUACACUGAAGCGUUGCAAAUCGACCCUCUGAACAAAAAGACUAAUGCUAAGCUACAUUUCAAUAAGGCCGUCGCUUUGGCGAGACUAAGCCACACCAAAGAAGCCGUCGAAAACUGUACGGCCGCCCUCAACUACGACGAGUCAUACCUAAAAGCGUUGAUGAAACGUGCCCAAUGCUACAUGGACCUGGGCGAGUACGAGGAUGCCGUGCGCGACUACGAGCGUGCCCUGAAGAUGGAGAAGAGCCGCGACACCAAACGCCUGCUCCAAGAGGCCAAGAUGGCGUUGAAACGUUCCAAACGCAAGGACUACUACAAGAUCCUCGGUGUCGAUCGGUCCGCCGGCGAGGACGAGAUCAAGCGUGCUUACAAGAAGCGUGCCUUGAUCCAUCAUCCGGACAGGCACGCCAACGCCACCGAAGCGGAGAGGCGGGAGCAGGAGAAGAUGUUCAAGGAACUGGGCGAGGCCUAUGGGGUGCUGUCGGAUCCCAAGAAGAAGAUGCGAUACGACAAUGGGCAGGAUCUCGACAUGGACGGCAUGGAUCAUGGUAUGCACGAUAUAGAUCCCAGUCAAGUGUUUCAACAGUUCUUCCCUGGUGGUGGUGCAGAAUUCUCUUUCGGCAACGGCUUCCCCGGAGGUUUCACCUUCCAAUUCGGAUAAGCGUAGCCGUCACCUCCUUAGCCAGUAUUUAUUAACAUCUUAUCUACUUACCAUUUUUACAUUCCGAAUAUAUCUUUCGUUUUUUGCUUGGUUUGUAAAUGACAGUGAUUCUCUUCUAAUUUUAUUAGAACUAGUAUUUAUUUAGUUUAGUCAACCGGUUUUGCUAAUUUUCUAAAAUCAGUUGGUGCUAACUAAUACUUUAACUAAUUUUUUUACAUUUCCGUUUUGUUAUUUUUUUUGCAUUAGUCAAUAAACUUGAGGAAUAUCGCGGUUAAUCCAUUAUUUUUCCCUGUAGACGAAUGCAGUUUUCACAUAAAUAUAUUAUGUUGUUUAAAUAUAAAAUGUAUAUUUAA